CAUCCAAAUCGAGUCCCGGUCUGUAGUCCUCUCGGGGCUUUCAUCCUGAACAAUGGUAAAAUGGAUGAUGGGAAGUCAGUGUGGGCACCCCACCCUACGGAUGGAUUUCAGCUGGGCAGAAUCAUUGACAUCAGUGCUGACAGUCUGACCAUCGAACCUCUCAAGGGAAAGACCUUUCAAGCUCCUGUCAAUCAAGUAUUCCCUGCUGAAGAUGAUGUCAACAAACACGUGGAAGACAACUGCUCACUGAUGUACUUGAAUGAAGCCACGCUUCUUAAUAACGUGCGUGUGCGCUAUAGUAAAGAUAAGAUUUAUACAUUUGUGGCCAACAUCCUUAUCGCCGUGAACCCGUAUUUUGAGAUUUCCAAGCUGUAUUCUCCAGACACCAUUAAACAGUACCAGGGCCGAUCACUGGGCACUCUACCACCACACGUAUAUGCAAUUGCGGAUAAAGCCUAUCGUGAUAUGAAAGUGUUGAAGAUGAGUCAGUCCAUCAUUGUGUCGGGAGAGUCCGGAGCAGGAAAAACUGAAAACACCAAGUUUGUUCUAAGGUACCUAACUACAUCUUAUGGCACAGGUCAAGACAUUGAUGAAAGAAUAGUUGAAGCAAACCCACUGCUCGAGGCAUUUGGAAAUGCCAAAACUGUCCGAAAUAACAACAGCAGUCGCUUUGGGAAGUUUGUGGAGAUUCACUUUAAUGAAAAGAAUGCAGUAGUAGGUGGUUUUGUGUCGCAUUAUCUGUUGGAGAAGUCUCGUAUCUGCACACAAGGUCAGGAUGAGAGGAACUAUCACAUAUUUUACAGGCUGUGCGCUGGAGCUUCUGAAGAUAUCCAGCAGAAGUUCCACCUCACCUCGCCAGACUGUUUCAGGUAUCUAAGUCGAGGAUGCACUCGGUACUUUUCUACCAAGGAUUCAGACAAAAACAUACUUCAGAACCGCAAGAGUCCAGAGCAUCUGAAGGCAGGUCCUCUCAAAGACCCAUUACUGGAUGAUCACGGUGACUUUAACAGAAUGUGCGUGGCCAUGAAGAAGAUUGGUCUGGAUGACACUGAAAAACUUGAUCUGUUCAGAGUGGUGGCAGGGGUUUUACACCUGGGAAACAUUGAUUUUGAGGAGGCGGGCAGUACAUCAGGUGGCUGUAACAUUAAGAAGGCCUGCAGUCAGUCACUAGAGUUCUGUGCUGAGCUCUUGGGUCUGGAUGAAGAAGAUUUGAGGGUCAGUCUGACCACUAGAGUCAUGCUCACCACUGCAGGGGGCGUUAAAGGCACAGUCAUCAAGGUUCCUCUGAAGGUGGAGCAGGCCAGUAGUGCUCGUGAUGCUUUAGCUAAAGCCAUCUACGGCCGUCUGUUUGAUCAUGUGGUCACCAGGAUUAACCAGUGCUUCCCUUUCGACUCGUCUGCUCAUUUCAUCGGUGUGCUGGACAUUGCCGGCUUUGAGUAUUUUGAACACAACAGUUUUGAGCAGUUUUGCAUCAACUACUGUAAUGAGAAGCUGCAGCAGUUUUUUAAUGAACGCAUCCUCAAAGAGGAGCAGGAAUUGUAUCAGAGAGAAGGGCUAGGAGUGAAUGAAGUUCAUUAUGUGGAUAAUCAGGACUGUAUCGACCUGGUGGAGUCCAAGUUAGUGGGCAUCUUGGAUAUCUUGGAUGAAGAGAAUCGUCUACCUCAACCGAGUGACCAGCACUUUACUGAAACCGUACACAACAAACACAAGGAACAUUUCCGCUUGACUGUUCCCAGGAAGUCCAAGCUGGCUGUGCACAGGAACGUCAGAGAUGAUGAGGGCUUCAUCAUAAGACACUUUGCUGGAGCAGUCUGCUAUGAGACGACUCAAUUUGUGGAGAAGAAUAAUGAUGCCCUUCACAUGUCGUUGGUGUGUCUGGUGAGCGAGUCGAAGGAUAAAUUCAUCGGAAAACUCUUUAAGAACUCAAACCACUCCAAAGACACUAAACAGAAAGCAGGCAAACUCAGCUUCAUCAGUGUCGGCAACAAAUUCAAGACGCAGUUGAAUAUUCUUUUGGAAAAGCUGCGCAGUACCGGUUCAAGUUUUAUCCGCUGUGUAAAGCCCAAUCUAAAGAUGAUCAGUCAUCAGUUUGAGGGAGCUCAGAUACUGUCGCAACUUCAGUGCUCAGGUAUGGUGUCUGUGUUGGAUCUGAUGCAGGGCGGCUUCCCCUCGCGUGCACCCUUCCAUGAGCUCUACAAUAUGUACAAAGAGUACAUGCCUGCCAAACUCACACGACUCGAUCCACGACUCUUCUGCAAGGCUUUGUUCAAAGCUCUCGGCCUGAAUGAAAACGAUUAUAAAUUUGGUUUGACGAAGGUAUUCUUCAGACCUGGAAAGUUUGCAGAGUUUGAUCAGAUCAUGAAGUCCGAUCCUGAUCAUCUGGCUGAGCUUGUCAAACGUGUCAAUAAAUGGCUUAUCUGCAGCCGCUGGAAGAAGGUGCAGUGGUGUGCGCUGUCAGUUAUUAAACUGAAGAAUAAGAUGCUGUAUCGAGCUCAAGCGUGCAUCCAGAUGCAAAAGACUGUUCGCAUGUGGCUGUGCAAGAGGAAACAUAAACCACGUAUCGAAGGGCUGGUGAAAGCUCGUAACCUGAAGAAAAGGAUGGAGAAGUUGAAUGAGGUGGUUUCUGGACUCAAAGAGGGCAAACAGGAAAUGAGUAAACAAAUGCAGGAACUAGAUUUCUCUAUCAACGCACAUAUACUCAAGAUUAAGAACACUGUGAUGAGUCACAUUGACAUUGAUCAUGAGCAUCAGGCUCUAGUCACAUGCUCACAAGAGCUGCUCAGCAACAUGCAGAAGAAGAAGCAGGAAGAGGAGGAGAUGGAGCGCCUCAGACGCAUCCAAGAGGAAAUGGAGAAAGAGAGGAAGAGACGUGAGGAAGAAGAACAGAGACGCAAACAAGAGGAAGAGGAAAGACGCCAGAAAGCAGAGAUGGAGUUGAAGAGGAAACAGGAAGAGGAAGAGCGUAAGAAAAGAGAAGAGGAGGAGAGGAGACUGCAGGAGGAGAUGGAGCUGCAGUUGGUGGCGGAGAGAGAGCAGGAGGCAGCACGAGAGGCCAUGCUGAAUCAAGAGCGCCGAGAUCGUGAGCUCGCCCUGCGGAUCGCUCAGAGUGAGGCCGAGCUGAUUCCAGAGGAGACGCCCGCAGACGCAGGACUGCGCAGUGUUGCACCACCACAAAAGCUCAAGAGCUUCACCAUGGAGGAAAUGGCCAAGGAAAUGUCUGAUCUGCUGGCUCGAGGUCCACAGGUAUUAGGCACUAACACUCAAGCGGAUGUCAAGAAGUAUGAACUGAGCAAGUGGAAAUAUGCUGAAUUACGAGAUGCCAUCAACACAUCCUGUGAUAUUGAGUUGUUGGCGGCAUGUCGUGAGGAGUUUCACCGAAGACUGAAGGUUUAUCAUGCAUGGAAGUCAAAGAACAAGAAACGCAACACUCAGGAUGAACAGAGAGCUCCAAAAGCCAUCACAGACUUUGCCCAGCAAAACCUGGUUCCACCUGUCAUGCCUCGACAGCAGGAGAUCGUGAUGAACCGACAGCAACGAUUCUUCCGCAUUCCCUUCAUCCGACCGGGGGACCAAUACAAAGACCCCCAGAACAAGAAGAAAGGAUGGUGGUAUGCCCACUUUGACGGCCCGUGGAUCGCCAGACAGAUGGAGCUGCACCCAGAUAAACACCCCAUUCUACUGGUGGCAGGUAAGGAUGAUAUGGAGAUGUGCGAGUUGAGUUUGGAGGAGACUGGUUUGACACGGAAGCGUGGUGCCGAGAUUCUCCCCCGCCAGUUUGAAGAGAUCUGGGAACGCUGUGGAGGAAUUCAGUACCUUAGAAACGCCAUCGAGAGCAGACAGGCCCGGCCCACUUAUGCCACUGCCAUGCUGCAGAGCAUGCUCAAAUAAACAUACACACACAUUAUAUCUGAAGAGCAUCUCUAAUGCAACACUGCAAAAAAACAAAAAAUUGUUUGUUUUUUUUUGUCUUGUUUUCCAGUAAAAACAUCUAAACAUCUUUCAAACAAGAUCAAUUUACUUGUGUAAGAUAAUAAGACUUGUUUUUAGAGAAUAUAUCUUGCAGUUUAUUUUCCCCACCACAUUUGCAAAUAACUGAAUUUAAGCAUAAAUCUUACAACAUUUAAUAAGGUUACUGUAUGCUUUAAACAAGACUGUUUGUCAGUGGGCUUAGAAAAAUAUACUUUAUUCAAGAUAAAUUCUCCUAUUAUCUCAGACAACUUUGCUUCCCAAGUAAAUUUAUUUUGUUUUUAGGUUGUGUAUAUAUAUAUAUAUAUAUAUGUAUGUAUAUGUAUAUAUAUAUAUGUAUGUAUAUGUAUAUAUAUAUAUAUAUAUAUACACACACACACACACACACACACACACACACACACACUACCGGUCAAAAGUUUUGAAACACUCAUUCUUUAUUAUAAUUUUUUUCACAUUUUAGAAUAAUAAUAAAGUCAUUAAAACUAUGGAAUAACAUAAAUGGAACUAUGGGAAUUAUGUUGUGACUAAACAAAAUCCAAAAUAAAUCAAAACUGUGGUAUAUUUUAGCAUCUUCAAAGUAGUCACCCUCUGCCUAGAAUUUUCAGAAAUGUAGUCUUUACAUUUUCUCAACCAACCUCUUGAGGUAUCACCCUGGGAUGCUUUUUAAACAGUAUUGAAUUAUUAUUAUCCUAUCUAUAUGCUGGGCACUUAUUGGCUGCUUUUCUUUAUUAUUUGGUCCAAUUUCAAAAACUUUUUUUUUUUAUUCAAUUUUAGAUUUAUAAUUAAAUAAAUUAAUACGGUGGCACAACUAUAUUUUUGUCUACAAAACUAAUUUCAAACAUUUAAGCAUACGCCUUCAGAUCAAAAGGUUUUAAAGAUCAUGGGAAACAUUUCGGUCAAGUGUUUCAAAACUUUUGACCGGUAGAGUGUGUGUGUGUGUGUGUGUGUAUAUAUAUAUAUACUGGUCUGUGUGCGCACACACAUACACACUACUCAGCUCUUUAGUUUGAUGCUAACUUGACCAGCAUUCACUUUAACUUUUUUUUUUUUUUUUUUUUGUAUUUCUUUAGUAGCUUUCUCAUGUUUUUUUUUUAAUAUAUAUAUAUUCUGCCACAUUGAAUCAUUCCGUUAAUUUGACUUAAAUUACUGUUCUUGACUGUGUAAUUGCCUCUAAACUGCCUCUUAAUAUAAUUUACUUAAUGAACAAUUUUUUGUUAUGAUAUAUGAUGAAUAUCAGUAAUUCAUAAAUACUUCAUUGGGAAUGUUCCUUGGAAGAAAUCCAAUAAGUGUGUGUUUUCCUAACAUUUAAAUGAGUCUCACGCUAAAAUAAAGGCAUGUAGAUAUAAAUACUGAUAUGGUUUAGCACUUUACACUUUUCUUAAUUUUGAUAUCACUAUCAGUCUAGCAGCUUGCAAAAAUAAUUUACAAAAGCUGUAAUACAGUAAAUACAAUAACUCUGGUAUGUAAUGACCACUAAAUUUGACUUUUUAAUGAAAAGUGUUUAAUAAAAAUGAUUUUAAUAAUAUCAUUUAGUUUAUGGUAUUGUAAUUUUUUAAAGCUCUAAUGUUGUUAUAAUUGUGACAAAAUUAUGUUCAAUUAUGCAAAAAGAUACUAAGCAUGGGUUGUAAUUGUCAUAUCAGACCAAAUAAGACUAAUAUGCAAAUGGGAAUUCUUAAGCUAUGCAAAACUGCAUAUUUGUACAAAUAUAAACAAGGUCAUUAGCAUGGUGUAGGCUUGAGUUCUCCAACUAAAUAAAGUUGUCUAUUUUCUUUUCACAAACACCAUCAUUGAUAUUUCAAACACACACGUGUGUAUGUGUGUGUGUGUGUGUAUAUAUAUAUAUACAGGUGCAUCUCAAUAAAUUAGAAUGUCGUGGAAAAGUUCAUUUAUUUCAGUAAUUCAACUCAAAUUGUGAAACUUGUGUAUUAAAUAAAUUCAGUGCACACAGAUUGAAGUAGUUUAAGUCUUUGGUUCUUUUAACUGUGAUGAUUUUGGCUCACAUUUAACAAAAACCCACCAAUUCACUAUCUCAAAAAAUUAGAAUACAUCAUAAGACCAAUAAAAAAAAACAUUUUUAGUGAAUUGUUGGCCUUCUGGAAAGUAUGUUCAUUUACUGUAUAUGUACUCAAUACUUGGUAGGGGCUCCUUUUGCUUUAAUUACUGCCUCAAUUCGGCGUGGCAUGGAGGUGAUCAGUUUGUGGCACUGCUGAGGUGGUAUGGAAGCCCAGGUUUCUUUGACAGUGGCCUUCAGCUUAUCUGCAUUUUUUGGUCUCUUGUUUCUCAUUUUCCUCUUGACAAUACCCCAUAGAUUCUCUAUGGGGUUCAGGUCUGGUGAGUUUGCUGGCCAGUCAAGCACACCAACACCAUGGUCAUUUAACCAACUUUUGGUGCUUUUGGCAGUGUGGGCAGGUGCCAAAUCCUGCUGGAAAAUGAAAUCAGCAUCUUUAAAAAGCUGGUCAGCAGAAGGAAGCAUGAAGUGCUCUGACUUUGGUUUUCAAAAAACACAAUGGACCAACACCAGCAGAUGACAUUGCACCCCAAAUCAUCACAGACUGUGGAAACUUAACACUGGACUUCAAGCAACUUGGGCUAUGAGCUUCUCCACCCCUCCUCCAGACUCUAGGACCUUGGUUUCCAAAUGAAAUACAAAACUUGCUCUCAUCUGAAAAGAGGACUUUGGACCACUGGGCAACAGUCCCGUUCUUCUUCUCCUUAGCCCAGGUAAGACGCCUCUGAUGUUGUCUGUGGUUCAGGAGUGGCUUAACAAGAGGAAUACGACAACUGUAGCCAAAUUCCUUGACAUGUCUGUGUGUGGUGGCUCUUGAUGCCUUGACCCCAGCCUCAGUCCAUUCCUUGUGAAGUUCACCCAAAUUCUUGAAUCGAUUUUGCUUGACAAUCCUCAUAAGGCUGCGGUUCUCUCGGUUGGUCGUGCAUCUUUUUCUUCCACACUUUUUCCUUCCACUCAACUUUCUGUUAACAUGCUUGGAUACAGCACUCUGUGAACAGCCAGCUUCUUUGGCAAUGAAUGUUUGUGGCUUACCCUCCUUGUGAAGGGUGUCAAUGAUUGUCUUCUGGACAACUGUCAGAUCAGCAGUCUUUCCCAUGAUUGUGUAGCCUAGUGAACCAAACUGAGAGACCAUUUUGAAGGCUCAGGAAACCUUUGCAGGUGUUUUGGGUUGAUUAGCAUGUCACCAUAUUCUAAUUUUUUGAGAUAGUGAAUUGGUGGGUUUUUGUUAAAUGUGAGCCAAAAUCAUCACAAUUAAAAGAACCAAAGACUUAAACUACUUCAGUCUGUGUGCACUGAAUUUAUUUAAUACACGAGUUUCACAAUUUG